AUGCAGCAGCGCACGUUGUCGGCACCCCUGUCGUCGGGUAACCCCGCACUCUCUGCCCUGCCUACCGCAUCGACACCCGACUGCGUGCGUCGCGGAGGCUUCGGCGGAACCAAGAUCCGUCCGAGAAACCGUCCAUCGAAUACACGCUCGCUACCGUCCCCUGCGUGGCUCGUCCGCGGAACGGUGGUGGCGCUCGUUCUCAAUAUCGUUUGGUUGCACGGUUGUCUACCCGAUUCGCAAGCGUUUAACCCCGUCGUUACCUCCCCAUUAUCAUGGCUGCAGUACAAUCCACAAUCACAGCAACAGUUUUCCCCGCGCUACCACAAUCGACCUUAUCAACAUCAACUCACGGAAAACAGUUCCAACGAAACGCAAGUCGUAGCCCGCAUCCAGCGAGAUCUGCGCACUGUUCUGACAGGCCAGGUCGAAUGCGCCCAACGCUACACGUUGUCUAACCAAACGCUACCUCAGCGUUUGCGAGGAAAAGGUGCAACGACACCUAGCUUGCUACCCUUUGGUAGUCUGACCGACCUGCAGAAUCAUCACCAGCCACAACAAAAUGACACUAUUGUUUCGAAUCAAAGCCGAACGGACUGCUACAUUCUCGAUCCAUCGUCAGGCCCGAUUGCGCUCUCGUCCACCUAUUCCAUAAUGGUCGUAGCGGAAAACGCCACUGCACAUUUCCGUACCAUUGUAGUCAACGUUCUACAAUGGCUCUUGGACGAGAGUGUAGCCGACAUUACCAUUUUCCAGCCUCAACAAUCGCUUACGUUUCCCCGUACACAAACGUACAACGAUGAUUCAGUCUACGCCCAGCGUCUAUGGGCGUGGCACGAAAACGCAGCACACAAGGUUUCCCUCGUCCUCGUAUCCGAUAAAAAAGAGUCAUCGUCCAUCAGUCUCUGGGAUGCCAUGCAAGGAGUAGCAGUCCUCUCCGAACGAGUCCUGCUCGUAUCGGACGGAAUCAUGCCUUGGCCUCUUUCGCAACACUUGGUACAGCAGACCUGGCAGGACUGGCGACAACAGCCAGCCAACAUUCACUCGACAUGGCUUUGGGAAAACCUCAACGGGCAGCAGUGCGCAGGUCUAUCACAGGAAUCGUCCGACGGGUCCGCUUUACCGAUCGAGUCGCUAUCGCUGGGAAUUCACUUUUUCCACGCCGACUAUCUUUGCUUUUGGCAAGCACCAAGUUUAGUCGUGUUGAUGAGUCGGAUCGGUGUGGAUCCUGCUUCUGUGGCUAGGGAGAGUCUCCGGAGCGCCCCCGGCCAACGCAAGCGUACCGAGUCCUCCAAACUCACGAUCUCUUGUGACGCGACCGUUUGGCAGUGGUAG